UGGAGGAGCAGGGAGAGAAGGAAACAGAAUGUAGUGUAGAGUUGCAAGGGGAUGAUCGGAGGGAGAGAGGAAAUGCACAAGGUGGUUUGGUUGGCAUUAGAACCAGAGGGGACCAGAUGUGUCACUGAAGCCAUAUGCAUGUUGCACCCCCAGUUCCCAGGUACAACAAGUGCUGCUGAGAUCAACUCCAAAUAAAUCCACCUCUCUUCUCCCAGAUCCAAAAGCAGAGGCUGUGCAGUUCCUGGGAUGAGAUGUGCAGCUGCAGAGCUCUGUGGGAAAGAAGACCUGACAUCAUGCACUCACCUGGGUGCCUAGAUUGCUGAUCUCUAGUUGAUGUAGGGUACAGAUGACCCGGUGGUCUACACACAAACCUGCGUUGGCUGCUCCCUGUCUCAGCAUUGUCUGGUCUUCAUGUACUUAGUCCAGAGAAACUGCAUUCCUGUGUUAGAUGUGUGCCAGAGGACGAAAAGACAGACUGGAUUCUGGUUAUUUCCCAAUAUAACCUAAUUGAUGGGGGUUUCCACUGUGCACUAUCCAUCAGGUGUCCUCUGCAUCUCACCCUGAAAAGAAGAACGCGCUUAAGGCUGGUGGACCCACUCUUCAUCUCCGGGACUCCUCCUGUGUAACUCCGGAUUCUGAGCAAUGUCCUCUGCUGCUGCUUCAAACAGGAUUACACUGGAAUAAGUUGCAUUUAGCAACCUACAAUGAUGCUGAUGUAUUCACACUUCAGCUGAUUCCUUCUGCUUUCUCCUUGCCCAGAAACAGAGAGAGAGAGAGAGAGAGAGAGAGAGAGAGAGAGAGAGAGAGAGAUAACGAGUUAACAGUUAUGAUGUGAGAGGACAAUGGGUUUACUCCAGAUGGAAUCUGUCAAAGAAUAGGAACAGUGACAGUUUUGAUGACCUUCUUGGUCCCACACAAGGAACAGGAGCUUCUUUAGAAAGAAAGAGCUUCCUCAGGGGGUACUGUAAUGUCCGGUAGCCAGUUCCAAGUAGACAGCUGGAGAGUUGACAUCAUCUAAAUCAUUUUAUGAAGAAAAGCUGUAUUUUUUUUAAAGACCUUACAACUACAGAGACACCCACCUUGCGAAUGGAAUUUCUAGAGUAAGGUUAAUGGAGUCAACUACUCUCCCUUCUGUAAGUUGAAUGUCUCCCCUAUUACUUAGAAACCACCACAAAUGAUAACUUAUUUAGCAGCCAACCUUUUCAAGGACUGGUUAUUUCCCCUUAAGGUGACACAGAAGAAGGCUUUUGUGUUCAAGGGGCAGCCACCAUCGUUGGGACAAGCCUUCUCCAGUCCUGAUUUAUGGGUACAAAACCAAAUACUACAUUGGAUUCAGCGCUCCCAUAUUUUGCACUCUUGGUUCUGCCUUAACUCCCGGAUCUGGUGGCCCAAGAAGAACACCAAGGGCUGCCGCAGCAGUAGUAGUGGAGGAGGAGGAGGAGGAAGGCUUGCAGCCACAGGGUAAAGGAGAGGAAAAGCCAACAGCCAGAGGGUGGUCUUGUUGAUGGCACUCCGCACCGGGGCGGCUUGGUUUGGGCAAGUCCUGAACCGAGCCUCCAGGCUGCAGGGAACCUGGUCCAGGAGAUCCAGUAGCCUCCUGUGUCUCUCCUCAUCCCAGGAGCACGAGCAGGGAGUGGGGAGAGGUGACCAGCCCUGCAUCCACCACCACCACCACCACCACAGCCACCCCCUCCACUCCCACUCUCCAGGUGCCCAGCCCAGCCAUUGCUGCCUGCAACUUCCCAGUGGCUGCUGCGCCCUCUCAGACAGGACGGGGGGACAUGAUCCCCUCACCAGCCGGUUGCUGGCGGCCAUGAAGCGGCAGAACGUGAGGACUUUGUCCCUCAUCAUCUGCACGUUCACCUAUCUGCUGGUGGGGGCCGCUGUCUUUGAUGCCCUGGAGUCUGACUACGAGAUGCGAGAGGAAGAGAAGCUCAAAGCCGAGGAAAUCCGCCUUAAAGGGAAGUAUAACAUCACCAGCGAGGACUACCGGCAGCUGGAACUGGUCAUCAUGCAAUCUGAGCCCCACCGGGCCGGGGUCCAGUGGAAAUUUGCUGGCUCGUUUUACUUUGCCAUUACAGUCAUUACUACUAUAGGUUAUGGACAUGCUGCGCCUGGCACCGAUGCGGGUAAAGCUUUCUGCAUGUUCUACGCCGUCCUGGGGAUCCCCCUCACCCUGGUGAUGUUCCAGAGCCUCGGCGAGCGGAUGAACACUUUUGUAAAAUACCUCCUGAAACGCAUCAAGAAGUGCGCUGGAAUGCGGAGCACGGACGUGUCGAUGGAAAACAUGGUGACCGUGGGCUUCUUCUCCUGCAUGGGAACCCUAUGCAUCGGGGCUGCUGCCUUCUCCCAUUAUGAGGAAUGGAGCUUCUUCCAGGCUUACUAUUACUGCUUUAUAACUUUGACCACAAUAGGUUUCGGGGACUACGUGGCACUGCAAAAAAACAGGGCCCUCCAAAAGAAGCCACUCUACGUGGCCUUCAGCUUUAUGUACAUUCUAGUGGGUUUGACAGUUAUUGGGGCAUUUCUAAACUUAGUCGUUCUCAGGUUUUUAACCAUGAACAGUGAAGAUGAGCGGAGGGAUGCCGAGGAACGGGCAUCACUAGCUGGAAACCGAAACAGCAUGAUCAUCCACAUCCAGGAAGACUCGCAACAUGGGCGGCCAAGGUACAAGGCCGAAGUAACAGACCUUCAGUCGGUUUGCUCUUGCAUGUGCUACAGGUCCCAUGAGUACACCAGCCGGAUGGUGUCUCACCAGAAUUCAUUCAGCAACAAGCUGAACCCUCAGUACUUUCACUCUAUAUCUUACAAGAUUGAAGAAAUCUCACCAAGCACAUUAAAAAACAGUCUCUUCCCUUCCCCCGUUAGUUCUACUUCACCCGGGUUGCACAGCUUUACAGAAAACCACAGGCUAAUGAAAAGGCGGAAGUCAAUUUAAGGUUACCAUUGUUCUUUUGCCAUGGGCCACCAUUCUCUCUCUCUCUGCCCUUUAAUUCUUCUUUUUGAAUUGAGACAGAGAGGGGCAAAAGAAUUGCCACAAAAAUAAGUAGCCUGCCUUCUCUGAGACUCGUUAAUGAGCAUGAAGCAUGUUAAACCUUCUACUCCAGCAAAGUAUGCCUUAUAUUAACCCCCCUGAGUGGAUUUCUGAUAUAAGUACCGAUUCCAAAGUCGCACAUGAGCAGGGGGAUACUCGUACUUUUGACCUAACGAACUUUGUUUUACAAAAAUAUUAAAAGGAAAAAAAAGGAGCAGGUGACGGGUAUAGGUCCGUGGAAACCCGCAACUAAUACAUUGUGACAAAAUAAUAAAAAAACAAAAUAAUAUCAGGUAUUAUUUACUUGAACCAAAUGUAUUGCUCAAUUUUGAAGUUGUUCCCUGAUGUAUAGAUUAAGAAAAAAGAAAAACAGGAAAAAAAAUAUUUUUUUCUUUCCUACUCUUAUUUUUUAUUGCCAGACAAAGCAUGUGCAUUAGGCAGUCUGUAUGCUGGGUAUAAGCCUGAUACAUUUGCAAAUGCUAGACAGAUUGUUUAUUUAAUUAAAUAGUUAAAACGAUGGAGAGGACGGAUCUUUCAAGCUUGCCAGUUCAAAAAAAAUUAUUAUUUUUUUCUUAAAAAGCAUGCACUUUGUGAAACUGGUAUGCAUUAUAAAACACAAAAAAAUCUAUCAUAUAUUUUAAAAAAAGAAGCUAAAUUAUUAUUAUUUGAUUUUUUUUAGCUGUAGCUUUUUCUUUUUUCAUCACCAGAAUUAUUCAUUUCUGUUUGCCACUCAGUUUUAAAAAAAAAAUAUUAUGUUGCUCGGACUAUUAUCAGUGGGACUCACCGGUUUGAAUUAAAUUGUAUUUUUAGGUCUUCAUAAUUUUAUUUAAAAAAAAAUAAUUAAAUAUAUAUAUAAUAAUACUACUAAUAAUAUUUUUGGUGCAGCAAGUACCUGCAUGAAUAGAAUUAUAUUUUUAGGGAAUGCUUGAUAAAGGGUAUAUUUGGAUGGAUGUAAUUUUUUUUUAUUCAUUAAAUAGAGACAGGGCAUUCCUUGUUGCAUCUAGAACGGAAACAAAAUAGUCUCUAUUGCUUUUUGAUUUGUAAAUAAUAUUUAAAAAAAAUAAAAAAAACCUUUGUUGGUCUCAGGAAGAGUUCAAGGGACGGUAUCUUCUGUUUUGACCUUCUUGAAAACUGGCAAAGGUUGCAAAUCCCUUAGAUGCCAUAUUGGCAGAGAGGGAAUUGGGCCCUCUCGUAUAAGCCACAUUGCUGGAUUUUAAAUGGACAUGGAACUGCAGAGUUUAUCAGGUUUGCAAAAGCAGAUUCCUUGGGGAUGAUCAGUGUCUAUAAUAGAUGCCAUCAGUUUGCUUUUGAAAAGCUGGUUCUAAAAAAGUAUUUUUGCUGUAUGUACCGUGCCAGCUAACAACCCAUUGGCAUUCAUGCAUUCAGUUGCAGAGCUUUGUACCUCAUAAGAAAAGAUUAAUAUUUAUGGGUUGCAAUAAAUUCUUCAUAUCUCUAACUUUCUGAACUUGUCCUCUCCUAAUUUUAACAGUCUAGUUGUGUUUUGUUUGAAGGGCAUUCAAGGGGUGCCUUGAUUUCCGACAAGCCUAUAAGGUUAAUGUUUGUUCUUAAUGUAGUGUUAGCACACACUAGUAAAUACAGUAUUUUAAAGGAUUAAAGGGUCACUGGAACCAUCAAAUACCAACUAUUAAUAUUAUUACUACCAAGUUACGUAUUCAACAGAAAGUCUUUAUUUUGUUAGGCAUACAGUAGAGACGGAGAAAUUCGGGACUGGAGAUCAGUGUGAUGGAAGACAACUGGUUGAUUCAAAAAUAUACUUUAGAAAGAUAAUGUUUAAUAUUACAUUAAUAUAACUAAUACUGUCAUCGGCUGCAUUUCACAAAUACAAAGAGAUUUUUAAAUUCUUGAUGUUUUUAUACGUUUGAAGUUGAACUCUAUCAGUGCAUUUAUAGAAUAAUGAGAUAAUCCUGGAAUUGUUGGAGUCUGCGUGUUCCCCCCUCCCUCCAAUUUAUUUGGAACACCAUGGCUAAAAUACAGUAAAAAACAUUUAAAAAAUAAAACAUGGAUUUUCAUUCACCAGCCUGCCCCUCAUGAAACGUAUCUUCAUGGUCAUUUUAGGAGUGCCCCGCUGCAUGAUCAUGCAACAUCACAGAACAACAGUAAUUAUACCAUUUUUUUGCUUUCUGUUUUUUUUUAAAGGUUUUUAAAGGUUUCUGGUUAUUGGGUUUCCAGAUAAUAAGUCCCGAACCAGUGCCUCAUUAGUAUGGAUGGUACUGGUAAAACAUUCAGCAGUUACUAUGUGCUAAUGAUAUAAUGUGUGUAGAAAAGAGCCAAAAAAAAAAAAUACCCAACACACACAACUUAAUUGUUAAUAACUGCUAAAGAAUGAUGUUGCUGUUUAAAGGAA